AUGGGCGAUGCAGGAACACUUCCGGCGCAGAAGCGCAGUAUCACUUCCGCUGAGCAUGAAGAGUUGUUGGACAUAAUCGACAAGAUCCGGUCGCAAGGUAUCUCGAGAUACAUCGACCUUCCACAGAUCGUUGUCUGUGGCGAUCAAUCGUCCGGCAAGAGCUCCUGUCUGGAGGCAAUCUGCGGUCUAAGAUUUCCUACCGGCGACGGCUUAUGCACCCGAUUCGCGACUGAAUACAUCCUACGUCGAUGCUCUGAUUCUAGUGUUUCAAUCAGUAUUGUACCCGACACCGAGCGGAUUGACUCCGAAAAAUUCAAGCUGCAGUCCUUUCAGCCGUCGACCACAGAUCUCGAUUGCUUUCCGGAAAUCAUCGAGGAAGUCGCACGAUGCAUGGGUAUUGGACAGAACGGCAAGACCUUCGCUCACGACGUUCUCCGAAUUGAGAUCAGCGGCCCAACCCAAGGACAUCUUACUCUCGUCGACCUUCCGGGUCUGUUUCACUCUUCGAGCAAAUCCCAUACGGAUGGCGACAAAGAUGCUGUCUUCUCCCUUGUGGCUUCUUAUAUUGCAAGACCAAGAAGUAUUAUUCUCGCAGUGGUGUCAGCUAAGAAUGAUUUGAACAACCAGGCAGUACUCAACUUCGCUCGUGAGCACGACCCUACCGGCGUCCGCACUCUUGGUAUCAUCACAAAGCCCCACACCCUAUCGUCAAACUCUCCCAGUGAGCAAGCCUACCUCGAGAUUGCGAAGAACAAUGAUGUCAAGUUCGAUCUCGGCUGGCAUGUUCUGCGUAACCGAAGCUGGGAGGAACAAGCCUCCACUGCAGACGAACGCGAUCGUACCGAGCAAUCCUUCUUCGAAUCUGGGACUUGGAGAGCUCUGGAUGUGAAGAACAAGGGUAUAUCCACUCUGCGCGUUCGACUGAGCAAGAUAUUGUACAAUCACAUCCUCAGUGAGCUUCCAAGCCUCCUCAAAGAUGUUGAAGCUGGGCUCACUGAGUGCAGUGAGCGACUCGAGACCCUUGGUAGUUCGCGUGGAACUGUGGAGGAGCAACGCAUGUACCUGCUUCGAGCAAGUCAGAAGUUUGUGUCGCUCAUGACAGCCGCCUUUGACGGCACGUAUCAUGACUCAUUCUUUGGCAGCUCAGUUUCUGUCGAGGGAUAUCAGAAGCGUCUGCGUGCCGUAUCUGUUGCGAUCCUCAAAGACUUUGCCGAAGACAUGCGGCUGAAAGGUCAUGCUGUUGAGCUCGUUGACAAGCUUCCAUCCAAGUACAAACAUGAGGCACGUACUCCUCGAAAGACGACGCGCGACGACUUCUACGACCAAGUCCAGUUCCGUAUGCGCCGUAACGGUGGACGUGAGCUUCCGGGUUUAUUCAACCCUAGCAUUGUUGGUGAUCUGUUCUCAGACCAAGCAAAGCCGUGGUCACGUAUUGUCGCUGGGACCAAAGACGCUCUUCUCGAGGCUGCGCACACCUGUGUUGGAUUGGUGCUUGAUCAGGCAGCUGAUGAAGCAACCAUAGAUGGCAUACUCCACGAGAUUGUGAACCCCGGGAUGGAAUCACUUGAACGUUCACUCUCUGACAAGGUGGAAGAGGUCCUCACCCUGAACCUAAAACGCCACCCAUUCACACUGAACCACUACUUUACGGAGAACAUCCAGCGCAAGCGUGUGGAGCAGACUCGGAAAGAUAUGGGCAAUCGCCUCCAUGAGUUCCUAGGCGUCAGUCCUGAGGCCGAAGAUGCUAAGGAUCGACGCUACGAAGGCAGUUUCGAUGUGCGUCAACUCCUGAACGCUCUUGUCAAGCAGACCGAAUCGAACAUGGACCGCUUCGCCGCUAUCGAAUGCGUGAAUGCUAUGCUAAGCUACUACAAGGUUUCGUUCAAGACGCUCAUUGAUGCUUUCGGGAUCUAUGCUGUGGAAGCGUGUCUGCUCAGCAAAAUCCCCAGCGUGUUCACACCCGAGACCGUGCUGAAGCUUGACGAUUCCGCAGUUCAGGCGAUCGCUGGUGAAUCUCAAGAGUCACUGACCGAGCGAGAAAGCCUCACGAAGAAGCUUCUCAUCCUUAAAGACACGCAAAAGAUUCUUCACCGCUUGGAUCGACACAAGGGCAAUCGCAUGGCUACCUGCAAGCAGCCGAGAGAUCCCAGCCCAGCCACUCCCGAAGGCGGUUCCGACGACGAAUCCGACAGUCGCACCUCGGGUGACUCCCACUGCUAG